AUGAUGACAUAUGAGGGACCGCCGAAACCUCAGCUCCCCGCCCCUCCAACACCAUCACCCUACACCAUGGCCGUCGUCACGAUUUCUUCCCCCGAGCAGUUCACCACCUUGCUCAACUCCUCGCGGAUCGUCAUUGCAGACUUUCACGCCGAGUGGUGCGGACCAUGCAAAGCCAUCGCCCCUGCCUACGACUCGCUGGCUCGCCAGAUCUCGCGGCCGAACCAGAUCACAUUUACCAAGAUCAACGUCGAUGAGCAGCAACAGCUUGCGCAGGCCUACAGCGUGCGGGCGUACGUCCCUCCUCCUUCGUCACCACACCCUACGAUCUACGGAUACGUGCUCUACAAAUCGAAUAAAGUUGGACUAACACCUGACAGACUCCCCACCUUCAUCGUCUUCGAGAACGGACGCGUCAAGGAAACCGUCAACGGCGCCGACCCGCAAAAAUUGAACGGCGUCAUCCAGAAGCUCGCCACGGAAGCCAGCAAGUCCGACGGCGGCGACGCAGGCGAAGGAAGCAGCGGCGGAUCCUGGCUCGGUGCAGCCGUGACGAAGCCCUACGCCGAUGUCACCGACCAAGUCGAAACAAAGGGAUUGGAGCUGUUGAACCGGGACGACGAAUUCGGAUUGCCGCGGGUACUGUUCGAAGGCAAGCCAUCGGCCCUGACAGGGAAGGACAAGAGCAACGCCGGCAAGGAUUGGGUGGAGAGUGACACGGACGAGCAGCUGAUGCUGUACGUCCCAUUCCAGUCGAACCUGAAGGUGCACUCCCUGCAGAUUACCUCGUUCGCGACCAACGACGGCGACGACGACGAGGCGCCGAUGCGCCCGAAGACGAUCUCGUUGUACACAAAUCGGUCUCAUGUGCUGGGCUUCGAUGAGGCGGAGGAUAUCCCCGCCGUGCAGAAGGUGGAGAUCAAGCCCGAGGACUGGGAUGCGAAGACGGGCACUGUGAAUGUGCCGUUGCGGUUUGUCAAGUUCCAGAGCGUGACUUCGCUCGUCCUCUUCUUCAGCGAUGGGGAUGGCGAUAGCGAGAAGCUGCGCGUGGAUCGAAUUCGAUUCAUUGGCGACGCGGGCGACAAGAGGGCCAUGGGCAAGCUGGAGAAGAUUGGUGAUGAGCCCGGCGAGUAA